AACAAGCAACAAUAGAAUUAAUGGAGAUGAUCAACCCAACCAACAAAGUCGAUGCAACGGCCCUCUACGACGCCGCAAUGAGAGGCGACACCGAAACCCUCCAAGGCCUGCUCCGGAGGGAUACCUUGCUCCUCAAGAAACUCCCGCUCUCUUCCUUCACCGAAACACCUCUCCACAUCUCCGUCCUCGCUGGCCACAUCAACUUCAGCAGGGCGCUUCUCCGCCACGAACCUCGAAUGGCGGUGGAGGUCGACGCGUCCAACUGCACCCCGCUCCACCUGGCCUCCGCUGCCGGCCACGUGGAGCUCGUCAGGGCGUUGUUGGACACUGCAGGCGGUGUGGGCUCGGAUGCCUGCCUGGUUCGCGACGUGGACGGCAGGAUUCCUCUCCACUUGGCGGCGAUGAGGGGGAGAAACGAUGUCGUCAGAGAGCUGGUCGGUGCGAGGCCGGAGUCUGUGCUUGUGAAGCUGGACGGUGGGGAGACUGUUCUGCACCUGUGCGUGAAGUGCGGCCAUCUGGAGGCCCUGAAGGUGUUGGUUGAGAUGAUGGUGAGUAGCGGCGGGAAGAAGGAUGUGAUUGAAUCCAUCUUCAGGUCGGGAGAUGAAGGUGGGAACACCGUUUUGCAUGCAGCUGCCAUGUUCAAGCAAGUUCAGACUACAAGUUACCUGGUUUCACUACCCAGCAUGGGAGCAGCAGUGAAUUCCUUGAAUGGGUUUGGCUCGACAGCCUUGGACUGCCUGGAGCUAUGUCCCAAGGACUUCAAGAGCCUACGAAUCCGAGACCUCCUCGUCGAAGCAGGCGGUAAACGAGCCAAGGAGAUGACUGCUAGCAUCGGUCGUCUUCCACCACAAAAACCUUCAAUAUUGCAAAUAUCCACAUCAUCAGCAGCCAACAAGUCGUGCUGCUGCAAGCCAAUGAAGUCGAUGGGGCGACGGUUCAAGAAGUUCCUGGACUACGACACCAAGUGGAUCGACGAAAUGAAAGGAUCGCUCCUCGUAGUGGCCGCCCUCAUAGCGCAGAUGAGCUUCCAUGCCGCAACCAACCCGCCAGGCGGCGUGUGGCAAGAGAACGUCUCCAACUCCACCGAGGGCUUCGGCUGCGAGGACACGAACAGCGCCCUGUGCAUGGCCGGGACGUCGGUCCACGCUUACAGAGACCCGGAAGUGCUCUACAUCUUCAUGGGGCUCAACACGACGGCGUUUGGCGCGUCCCUGUGCGUCAUGCUUCUCAUCAUCGGCGGGUUCCCUCUCAGGAAGAGGUUCUUCGUCUGGCUGCUGGCGCAAGCGAUUUGCUGGGCCAUGGGCUGCAUGACGGCUGCUUUUGCGUUUGGCGCGCUGUUGGUGACGCCCACUAAGGACGAUGCGCGAGUUCGAGUCGGGUGGGUGAUGUUGAAACUUCUGGGCGCCUGGUUGGUGCUGACUCUGGUGAUUAGCCUGCUCGACACGUUUCGGUUUCUCAUCUGGCUUGGGAGAAAGUUGUGGAAGGUCGGACGAAGAGCAGUGGCCUGUUGUUGUGUUUGUGCAAGGCCCGGUGGUGAUCAUGUUGUCUAAAAGCAGGUGCAGACUCAGUUGGAUGCAGGUCGAUGCCUAUUGUUAUGUUCAGCGUGUUUU